CAAAAGCUCACUUUUGUUCCUUACUCUAUAAAUAUGGAGAUCAUUUAUUUUUCUACUUUCAACUUUGUUACAAUGGUCAUAUGUUUUUCCUUUUUGUUUACUCUAUUGGCCAAAAGGAGAAAAUCAACACAAGAAAAAUUGCCUCCAGGUCCAUGGAGACUUCCUAUUAUUGGGAGCCUCCAUCACUUGAGAGGUGCAUUAUUAUUUCCACAUUGUAUCUUUAAAAAUUUGGCAAUGAAAUAUGGUCCUAUUAUGUAUUUGCAACUCGGAGAAAUUCCUACUAUAGUCAUAUCAUCUCCUAAUAUGGCCAAAGAAGUACUAAAAACUCAUGAACUCGCCUUUGCUACUAGGCCACAACUUACAUCCGUAAGCAUCACUACUUACAAUUUUAAGGACAUUGUAUUUACACCAUAUGGUGACGAAUGGAGACAAAUGCGUAACAUAUGUGUUACAAACCUACUAAGUACCAAAAUUGUCAAGUCAUUUGGUUCAAUUCGGAAGGAUGAGAUUAUGAAAAUCGUCUCAUCAAUCCGAUCCACGAAUGGUUCUAGUGUUGUCAACUUAACAGAGAAAAUGCUUCAGUUUUCGAAUUCAGUGACUUGUAGAUCAGCCUUCGGAAAAGUAUGCACAAAUCAAGGCGAGUUGAUUAAUUUGUUGAGGGACGUGCUGGACACAAUAGGAGGAUUUGAUGUGGCUGAUUUGUUCCCUUCGUGGAAGUUACUUCACAAGAUGAGUGGGGUGCAAUCGAAACUCUUGAAGCUGCAUCAAAAGGUUGAUGUAGCUCUUGAGAACAUUGUUAAUGAACACAUUAAGAAUCAAGCACUGGGAAGGAAGGAAAAUGGUGAUCAAUUAAUUGGAGGUGAAGAUUUGGUUGAUGUUCUCUUAAGAAUUAAGGAGAAUGGUGAACUUCAAUUUCCAAUAACAAAUGAUCACAUAAAAGCAUUCAUUGCUGACAUGUUCUCUGGUGGAACUGAAACUUCAGCUGGGUCUAUUAUUUGGGCAUUAUCAGAAAUGAUGAGGAGACCAAAUAUUAUGGCGAAGGCACAAAAUGAAGUGAGACAAGUCUUCAAAGGGAAGACAAGUUUUGAUGAAGAAGAUCUUGAUAAAUUGACAUACUUAAAAUUAGUGAUCAAUGAAACAUUGAGGCUACAUCCUCCGGGUAAUCUACUGCUAAGGGAAUGUAGAAAACAAACAUAUAUUGAUGGAUAUACGAUACCUCCUAAGACAAGAGUACUAAUUAAUACAUGGGCACUUGGAAGAGAUUCCGAAAGUUGGGACGAUCCUGAUAAUUUUAUACCAGAGAGAUUUGAAAAUUCUCCGGUUGACUAUAUGGGAAAUUAUUUUGAAUUUAUUCCAUUUGGUUCUGGAAGAAGGAUUUGUCCAGGAAUGCAACUUGGUUUAGCUAAUGUUAAACAUCCUUUGGCUCGGCUCCUAUAUCAUUUCGAUUGGGCACUUCCAUAUGGAGCUAGUACAGAAGACUUGGAUAUGGUCGCAAAAACUGGAUUAAGUGCAUCGAAGCAAAAAGAUCUGUGCUUAAUUGCCAUAGAGCACAGAGACAAUGGCAAAAUUUGAUGCUGUGCUUUAAAUGAAUAUGAAUAAGUCACAAGUACCAUACGUAUAGUUAAUGUGUAUGUUUGUGUGAUAUGUCUUGCUUUCAUCUUUGAAGUUUACCUGUAGAAAAUUAAUGAGGAAGAAGAAGAGCUACAGUCGUUUGUACAUUUCUUUUGGGUAAAAGGUGGAAUAUAUUGUACCGUUUAUGUAGUACUAUGUAAUGUGAUCAUAUAAUAUUUUUUCUUUUCCUAA